AAUACUGAUUGUAGAAUGGGCUACAGAUGUAGCCCAAAAGACUAUUUUGUGUCAAAACAUCAGAGUUAUACUUUAAUAGUUUAUAUUUUUGUUAAUUCAAAAUAUAUUUUACCUUUUUCUUUAAUAGCACCUGCUAUUUCUGAAGAUGAAUCUCUAACCAGCUCUUCCAGCAAACACAGUCUUGUUAAUUUCUGGCCUAAAUCAGAUGACACUGACUUUCUUCUGGAUAACAAGAAAGAAGCAGAAAGGCCAAAAAUUAUAUGGCUGGAAAACGGUAAGUUUGUUCUUGUAAAAACACAAGAAGAGCAAACAGCCAAAAAUGUGACUAAUGUGGAUGAAGAGAAGAAAACUCCUCAAACUGAUACUGUGUUGCCACUGGAAGCACAGACAGAUGAUGAAUCUCCUUGGGAUUCUGAGAGUAUCUCUGAGAAUCUUCCACAGCAGCCUGUCGAUCCUUUUCCUGGGGAUGCAGAUGAUGGAGGAAAACAUGCAGGAAAUACACAAACAAAAGAUUUACCUGACACACAUCUUCACUUGAAGCCUGCCAUGGAAGCAAAAGAUUGUGUUGCGAAGAAAGCAGUAGGAAUAAAGGAUGUAAAGACAUUUCAACCAGAUUGGAGUUUCACCGAGUCUAAUGAGACUCUGAAGAGAUCUGAGAAAUUGAUGCUUGGCCAUCAACAUCCACUUCUGGCAGAAUCCGUGAUGAAGAGUCCACCAGCAUUCCCAGAAUCUGAAUCAGGUGACACACAUCUUCAUGGGAAGGCUGCCAUGGAAGAAAAAGAUUCUGUUGUGAAGAAAGCAGUAAGAAUGAAAGUUAUACAGCCAUUCCAACUAGAAGAACUGAACAUAGAAGUGACAUUAAAGGAAGAUUUGAGAAGACGUGAUGACAGUGAAAACAGCCAGGACCAGGUUGAAGGAAAAAGAAAGAGUGGAAAAACUGACACCCAGCAGUUGCCUACUGAGAAGAAAGAAGAACAUGAUAGGUUUCACUUCAGACUUGUCUUAAAAGAAGAGGACAAGAGAAAAAGUCUCAAGGAAAAAUGUUCUCAAGAAGUUGAAGCAAAACAACAGCUUGAAAUUUCUUAUGCAACACUUGAAAUGGAAUUCAAAGCUUCAAAAGUGAAUCAGUUGACAGAAGCACAAGACCGAGGUAAAAGCUCUGUGCAACACGACGAAAAAACGGAAGAACCCUUAGACAGGAUUGAAUUGGUGUGUUCACACCUGAAAGAAAAUGUUCAAAGUCUCGAAAUGGAGAUUUUGAGCCAGACAAAGAAAAGGAAGAAAACAGCAGGAAAAGUUGAACAUGCUCAGAAACACUUGUCAAAUGACAGUUUGUUGACAGAAGCACAAGACCGAGAUACAAGCUCUGUGCAACACGACGAAAAAACGGAAGAACCCUUAGACAGGAUUGAAUUGGUGUGUUCACACCUGAAAGAAAAUGUUCAAAGUCUCGAAAUGGAGAUUUUGAGCCAGACAAAGAAAAGGAAGAAAACAGCAGGAAAAGUUGAACAUGCUCAGAAACACUUGUCAAAUGACAGUUUGUUGACAGAAGCACAAGACCGAGGUAAAAGCUCUGUGCAACACGACGAAAAAACGGAAGAACCCUUAGACAGGAUUGAAUUGGUGUGUUCACACCUGAAAGAAAAUGUUCAAAGUCUCGAAAUGGAGAUUUUGAGCCAGACAAAGAAAAGGAAGAAAACAGCAGGAAAAGUUGAACAUGCUCAGAAACACUUGUCAAAUGACAGUUUGUUGACAGAAGCACAAGACCGAGAUACAAGCUCUGUGCAACACGACGAAAAAACGGAAGAACCCUUAGACAGGAUUGAAUUGGUGUGUUCACACCUGAAAGAAAAUGUUCAAAGUCUCGAAAUGGAGAUUUUGAGCCAGACAAAGAAAAGGAAGAAAACAGCAGGAAAAGUUGAACAUGCUCAGAAACACUUGUCAAAUGACAGUUUGUUGACAGAAGCACAAGACCGAGGUAAAAGCUCUGUGCAACACGACGAAAAAACGGAAGAACCCUUAGACAGGAUUGAAUUGGUGUGUUCACACCUGAAAGAAAAUGUUCAAAGUCUCGAAAUGGAGAUUUUGAGCCAGACAAAGAAAAGGAAGAAAACAGCAGGAAAAGUUGAACAUGCUCAGAAACACUUGUCAAAUGACAGUUUGUUGACAGAAGCACAAGACCGAGAUACAAGCUCUGUGCAACACGACGAAAAAACGGAAGAACCCUUAGACAGGAUUGAAUUGGUGUGUUCACACCUGAAAGAAAAUGUUCAAAGUCUCGAAAUGGAGAUUUUGAGCCAGACAAAGAAAAGGAAGAAAACAGCAGGAAAAGUUGAACAUGCUCAGAAACACUUGUCAAAUGACAGUUUGUUGACAGAAGCACAAGACCGAGGUAAAAGCUCUGUGCAACACGACGAAAAAACGGAAGAACCCUUAGACAGGAUUGAAUUGGUGUGUUCACACCUGAAAGAAAAUGUUCAAAGUCUCGAAAUGGAGAUUUUGAGCCAGACAAAGAAAAGGAAGAAAACAGCAGGAAAAGUUGAACAUGCUCAGAAACACUUGUCAAAUGACAGUUUGCCUGCCCUGGGACCGCUCCCAGCCGAAGCCUCCUCUGGUCCGCUCCCCGCGGCUCCUUCCGGGCUUCGCUCCAAAGCCUCUACCGGUCCACUCUCCGCGGCUCCUUCCGGGCUUCGCUCCAAAGCCUCUACCGGUCCGCUCUCCGCGGCUCCUUCCGGGCUUCGCUCCAAAGCCUCUACCGGUCCGCUCUCCGCGGCUCCUUCCGGGCUUCUACUUCCCCCCAGGGGUGGCACCAGUAUAUAUACGGAUACAGUGUCCAAUCAUGUUAAACCUGCCCUGGGACCGCUCCCAGCCGAAGCCUCCUCUGGUCCGCUCCCCGCGGCUCCUUCCGGGCUUCGCUCCAAAGCCUCUACCGGUCCACUCUCCGCGGCUCCUUCCGGGCUUCGCUCCAAAGCCUCUACCGGUCCGCUCUCCGCGGCUCCUUCCGGGCUUCGCUCCAAAGCCUCUACCGGUCCGCUCUCCGCGGCUCCUUCCGGGCUUCUACUUCCCCCCAGGGGUGGCACCAGUAUAUAUACGGAUACAGUGUCCAAUCAUGUUAAAUUGACAGAAGCACAAGACCGAGGUACAAGCUCUGUGCAACACGACAAAAAAACGGAAGAACCCUUAGACAGAUCUGUGCAAACACUCACAUUGGAGAAUUUGCGCCUGAAAAAGGAAAAUCAAAAGCUAAGGGGUAAACUUGAACGAGCUCAGAAACACUUGUUGAGCAAUAGAUUGUUUGGCAGCACACACUUCAGAAACCGUCAUGAUGAAAACAAAAUGAUGAAAGCACAAGUUAACUUGAGCUGUGUUCAGAGAAGCUGCUGUUUUCAAUCUGAAGAUGAGAAAGAACAGUUCUUCAAAUUCACUGAGCUGUUUAAAAAUGCAAUGUCUGAGGUGGACCAAUUAAAGAAGGAAAAGCACGACCUGGAAUGUGCUUUGGAUGAAAUAAAAAAGAAAAAUCGUGAACCUGAAUCAGAACUAGCAGGGACUCAAUGGACAACUUCACCUUCACCCUAGGCAAAGAUGAGAAGAAACCUCACCACUGGAUUACAGUGGGCCCAGCAGGACCACAUUGUGUGUGACUACCAUUGGAAGACCCUCUGCCUUGUGAUGAGUGUGCCACCACCAACUACAUGACAACCAAGGGAAAUGAAAUUUGUGCAGAAAGACCAUUCCUGGUGCCAUGACUGCUUCUGUGUCACCUGUGACCAUAUUCAGCUUCACUUUUCCUGAGAUUCCCUAGGUCUUGUCCAAGUCAAGCAGUGUUCAGAAGCUGCAGGAUUCAGAGGUUGCAAUUCAAAGCCCUGAUUUAUGUAUAGAAAUAAGAGGACUUCAUAGGUACAAGAAAAGCACUCUUUAGAAGACUUUGAACGGAAGAAACCUGAGUUUUCUGUAUGAGACUCACCUUGUUAGUUUACGUGGUUGCAGAAGGACCUGACUUCUCACCUGCCUCUGCCACGGUGGGCACAAGCAGGGGCACAGAUGUCCAGUGAUGGCCCCAAGGCAGGUCACCAGGGGGCAAAGUCUCCUGUCUCAAUGUCAUUCUGACCUUCUUAGUUGCACGGAGAGGGAUUUUGCUCACCACAAAACCCAAGCACGUACUUUUCUUGUGAAGCUCCUGUGCAGAUGGAAUUUGUAACGAGACUUCCAUAAUAGAAUCUGAAGUUAUUAAUUACCAAUUAUAGUUUGGUCUUAGACUCACUCCAGCAUGUGAGUGAGGGAGAUAGGUCUGAGGAUCUGGCUUGUUCAAUUUAAAAAGCAGAAGAAAUUUAAUUUGUUUAAAUCAGAUUUCUCCCAGGGAAAAGCCACAGACAAGCUCAUCAACGCAAGUUCAUUUUUCAAAAAGUGCGUUUGUUCAAUGGAGAAUGACUUCACUCAGGAUGCAAGUGCAUGCCCAAUAUAGAACUUUCACAGCCCCAUGCACCUCUGAGCUGCCUUCUGAGUUCAUUUCCAACUGCAUUGUGCUUAGAGUAUCAAGGAGUUCUGUUUCACUGUACUAAACUUAUUUCUUCCACAAGAAUCGUGCUUUCUUAUACAGUACAUUUUGUAAACUGACUUUUUCAUAGUUUUGUCCAAUAACACCAAUCAUAAUUACAAUGAAGAAUACUAUGGCAAAAAAUAGUGAUGGAACUGACCUUACCUCACUCGUUCAGUUUUCCCAAAAAUGUGUCCAAGGAACUAUACUGAGAAGUCACUGGUCCCUCUCCUGCCUCUCUUGCCUAGUGAGUGACCUUCAGAAGGGGCUGUGAUGUAUUCAUCUAUGUAGCCCAAAAGCUUUCCAUGGGUCUUGCCAUCUAUCUAGAAAGAGCUAUUAAAUAUCUACAGAAUGCAAGACUUUCUAGAAGUCAAGUUGAACUUCCCAAGCAAUGUCAAAUUCAGAGUAAUACGAUAUCAGACAUUUUAUUACUAUCCCAAAAGCAGUUAUUUAUAAAAUUUGGAAGAAGCAUACUAUGUUUAAUAUGCUCUUUCAUGCUUUUUAGGUGAUUUUUUGCCUUGCAAGAUAAACCAUAGAGUAAAUUGAAAAGAAUGUCAUUAAUAAUCAAGAGAUGAAGUCGUUAUGGGAAAAGCAGUGUAAAUUCUCAGGCUGUGUCUGGAAGAUUGGAUUGCCACUCUUAUCAAAUGAGUGUACAUACAGGCAAACUCUUUCAUUCAGUGUAUGUUAAGUGAGCAUCUCCAAGGCACAGAGGUAGAUAAAGCACACUGUGUAAUCUCGGGAAGGUCAAUGUGUAGUUACCACCUGUGUGAGUGACUUCACAGUGUCCAGUAAGUGCUGAAGUCCCAAAAGAGUAGCUGAUGGUACAGCAACAUCCAGUAUGGUUCUGAGAUACAAGUAAACGACUUCUCAGAAAAAGUAACAAUAAGCAGUCUCAAGCCAGUGAAAGGAUCACUUAUUGAGCCAUAAUGGAUAUAUUCAGUAUAUUUACUCCUGAAAGGCAGUGUGAUCUAGCAAAAGAUGAAAACAAAACAAACUGUUGAAUGCAACUGGAUUGAUAUGUUAGAUUGCAUUUAAGAUUUUUGUUUCAUUGCUUGAGAGAGAGUCUGGGUGAGACUUCACCCACCUCAGCCUCAACUGCUGAGGUUACAAGCCUGAAUAAUGGUGCCUAGAUUGAGAUUACAUCCAAAUGAAUGUUUUCUUGGAUAAUCACAUACAUUCUCUGAAUGCCUCUUUCUUCAAGGGGCAAAUGUAGAUAAUAGGUUAUAUCUCACAAGAUCACUGUGAAAAUAAAAAAAGGGGGACAAAUAUGGAGGAAGCAAGACAACUACCACUUCUUUUGAAAACAUGUUACCAACUGAAUAAAAGACAAAUUUUUUUUAAAUUUUAUUUAAGGAGAAAAGAAAAAAAAACAGAGAAAGGGUACAAGUUAUACAGAUUUACAGAAAAAAAUGAACAGUAGGAAAUCACUAGUUAAUGGAUUACAUAUUGUCAUCUUAGAAAUAAUUGUUCAAGUCACAAAAUUAAAGCUUGUAAAGUGGACAUUCCAUCAAUGAUACUGCAAACAGAUCUGUUCAAUGAUCCAAUAAAACUCCGUGAUAUCAUUUUCUAUCUUAUACGCUUAAAUAUACAUGCAGUUAUAUAGUUUAGAGCACUUUCUUUUCCUCUCUUUUGUACAAUGACUAUUACACAUUUUGGGUUUCAUUGCUCCCACGGUUCUUAUUACUUUUUUGGAAGAGAGUAAAACCAAAUGUGACAUAGCAGAACAGAAUCGGUCAAGUCAAAAGGGUGGACAUAAUAGAUAAUGUGAAAACAUAAUACAAGGUGAUCAACAAUGGUUACCAUAAUGCCUCCCGCUAUCUCUAAUAGAAUUGCCUAUAUCGUUAGUUAUAAUACAAUUGAACAAAACAGUAAAGAAUAAAACCGACAAAACCAAAACAUUGAAGAUAUUGUAGGUCUUCAAAAGUAGAUAAAAGUCAACGAGAAUAGGCGUUAUAAUGAAUCUCAUUAUCUUCACAGCUGAUGCCUAAACUUUCGAACCUGAUACUAUCCAGCAAAACAGAAUAGGGGAACAUCAGUUAAAAACCAGAUGGUGAGAGUAAUACAGGGCUUUAAGUCGAGGUAAUGGAAAGUCAAAGUGGGUUACUAUAAUAUAUCCUGCUAUUUUUUUUCUUUAAUUAAAAGGAUAAAAAUUAAAAAGUAAAUAAUGGAGUGGAGAUUGAGAUAAAAGAGGGCAUAACAACGAAACAGUGCAGAUCAAAACAUAACCAUUUAAGCAGAAUAGUGUUUCACCACCAGAUAAUCCUGACCUAAAAGUAGUUACCGUAUUGUCUCUUUCCUUGAAAUCCUUGAGUACAACUUCGUAUACUGUAGCAUUAAGUAUAUCAAAACAAUAUAAAAGACAAAUUAAAUGAAUGCAAGCAAAACCCAAGCUAUGAGAGUGGCAUACUGUGUAAACUCUUUUUCCAAAGGACAAAAUAGUUUUUCAGGAAAUGCAGACAAUAAAAUAUAUGAUUUACAUAUACAACAUGUUGUAUGUAACUUGUAACAUGGGUAAUAUAAUUUGACAUUGAAUACCUAUUACUAUUCAUGUAAUACAUUAAUAGUACACUAUGUAAUGUAAUAGAGAAGUCACUUAGUAAAUAAUGCAAUGAUAGCAUCAAAUACAAGGAAAUUAACUGCUAGUAUUUAUAUAGCCCCUUGUGUAUACCAGAAACUGAGCUUCACAACUUUAUAUGCAUCUAAUGUCAUUUGAUAGCCACAAUAUGAACCUAUGAAAUGGGUAUUUUAUUGUGCUUACUUAACACAUCGAGAUCCUAAAAGUAUAAUAAUUAAGAGUACAACUCUAAAAGUCUAUUAAGUGGCGAAGACCAGGUUAAAUAUUUAGCCAUACCCUUAGCCAGAACAAAAACAUCAUAAAUGACUUGUGAGAAAGGUGGAAUUCUGACAGUAUUUGAAAAAAAUGCUCUCUCCCUUCCCUGUUGAACCCUUUCCUACCUCUUCCCUCUAGCCAUGCCUUGGUUUCUAAGUGCUUUGUCAAUAUGCACAUUCUAGAGAUGUGAUCUCAGCUUUUGAGCAUAUAUUCUGUUCAGAAUUUAAUCUAGGACCCAAAUAUCAGAAAUCAUGAUUAGUGUAGAACAAACGGAGCCCUCUAAAGAACUCAGAGUAUUAAUCCAAAGGGUAUUAAAGCAACAUUUUAUUUUGUUUUGAUUGUUGUGUGCUUGUCUUUUUGAUACAGGGUGUUGUAUUUUAGUUCCGGCUGGCCCUGAACUCUCUAUGUGGUCCAGACUGGCUUCAAACUGUUCUCCUGGCUAUAGUUCUAAUAAAGUGUUAGUUACAAAGUAGAGGACCAGUAUGGGUCCAUCGCUAGCCUGUUGUCCUAAAUAUUGCUUUAAAUAUUACCUAGUCAAUUGUGGCGUUAGGGCACUCUCCAGUUCUGGUGUUUCUCUUUCCUCACCUUCCCCUUAGCUAGGGAUCCUAAGAAACAGACCAAGGUAGAACAGCUUUGUUGGUUUUGCAGUGAGCCUGGGAGCCCAUCAGCUUCCCAAGUAGAACACAGUUGGUGUCUCCAACUCCCUUUAUGCCUCUCCAUGCCAACUGCUAGUGGGGCUCCUUAUGCUACAGGAUGGCCAGGCUCAGGGAAACCUCCAACACAGCACAGCACUUAAACUGGGGAAAUGGAACUCCACUAAUUGAGAUCACUAAUUAGGAAAAUAAGCAAUAAGUGGCUGAAUUCCCGUGUGACUGUUUGUAACGUAGCAAAGAUAACACUUUAAUGGUACCGAAGUAGCCACAUCUUACAUCUAUCUUGAACCUCGAUUGCAAGUACUUUUGUCUCCAGGGCUUUCUUUUUUGUGUUUCCUGUCUUCAUUCCAAAUGCAGCUGCUGAUAUAUACACUUGUAAGCACAGGCACACAAACUCAGAGCCAGUGUGAGCUGAAAGAAAAUAAGAUUUGUUGAAUCUCAGUUUCAGGAUGGGCCCUACUUAAUUAAAAUGGAAAAGGAUAUCAGAACUUUUUUCUGCUUGAAAAGUCUCUUCUUGGGGAGAAAGAAAUGGUGGAUCACUUGUGGAUCAGAGGCAGGUGCACUGUGCAUCUUGGGUAACUACCUAAUUCUGCCACUAGUCCAAGGACCAGUCUUUGCGUCUUCUCUCUAGGACUGCUUAACACUCACCUUCCCUUAGUUUAAAGGACAUUUUCGCAUGGACCCUGGAGGUUCUUUGCUUGUGGGUGCACACUCGCCUCACUCGCUUCACGCUUGCCUCUCAUUCUUUGGCCCCUUUCCUAACCACAUAGGCACCUAGAGACAAAUUCAAAGAUGAGACUUUUAGUAGAAAGGCUUUCAAGGUAUUUUCUUAGUCUAAAAGUGAUUUUUCUCUACCAGAAAUUACUUAUGGAUGGUCCUAAAACCUCAAUCCUGGGAACCUUAGCAACACAACACCCAUAAUUAGGACAAGUUUCCUCCAUUCAUCUUGUUUAAGGGUGUUGUCACAAGAAAAUGAUACUCGGCAUUCUUAAAGAGAACUGUAAUAACUUGGGGACUUUCUCUGCCAAUGUACCACAGACCACAAAUUACUUCAGUUUCAUGAGCAAUUUGGGUACCUGUCCUUACUUGAACUAAUAUCUGACUGCUGGGUCUCUAACCUCACAUUCAGAAAUGUGGAUUUACCCAAUAGCAUGAACAGAACAGAUGCUACCCUGGUUCACAUCUUCUAACGACAUUUGGAGGACACACACUGUGCUCUGGCUUAGCUCUUAGCCGCAGGAUAAAGCAGAACAAGUCACCUAAACUCUUUGUUUUCUCAGGGGGAAAGAAGAGCUGAAAAUGUUAAUUCAAUUUCCCACAAAGGAUAUAAAUUCAGAUCACUUACAGGAUCCAAGGACUGAGCCUGCGUUAAUCUUCAUUUUGUGCCUUUAUCUUCAAAGAGGGCCAUAGGAGAGGACACCAGGUGGCCAUGUCACAUGGACCCCAAAUGACAGGGUCAUAGUUUAUGUGCUUUUCCCUUAGAGUCAGAGCAUGCAGAAUUAGUAGAAGUGCACAAAGAAAGUGGAGGUUGUAACAACCAGGCAUAAUCCUUACUCAUCGAGUGGCAUGAUGCUUCCGACUCUUAACAUGCACAUUUUAAGAAGUGGCCCAAAUCAUUCUGGGAGUGGGCACUAAACUGCCCACAUGAGCAUGGAAAUAUAUGGGGGUAGGAGCAACCUCUACGAGCACUGGUUUUCUGGGUGUGCAAACAUCGUUCCUGAAUCUGAUCUAAUGCUUAAUCCAUAAAAUAGUCACAUCUCACAAUGAAGGUGACCCCUUUCCUUCCCUGUGGGAAGUUGGAAGAACAUUCUUAUUUAGCCAUCUGUAUCUAUUUAAUGAACAUUUUCUGAAGCUCUCUGUGUGUCACACUAUUAAAUUAGUAGUUGGAAUAUUUUAUUAGCUGUGUUUGUCGUCCCUGAACUAAUAAUGCAAUAAUGGUAGGUGAUCUAUAAAGGAUUACAUACAACCGAGGUUAUGCCAAAACAGAAUAGCGAUGAAUCACGCAUUUUAACACUUAUGGUGGACUUUCCCAUUGCUUAACUGGAUCACGAGAGUAACUCUGUGCCACAGAUCACGCACACAUCCUUAUUCUAUCUUAUGAAUAUUUUCUUCAUUUCCUGUCCACCCCACAACAAUUACAAACAUCUUUGCAUUAAUGGGAGACAUUUUCGUGAAAGAAACAGUCAUCCAGUCUCUUCCUUGUUGCUUUUCCAACUCAAACAUGAGCAGGUGACCCAGUGACCAAAAGCCACAAAAACUGUAAUUCAGUUUGGAGCAAUAAUGAAAGAGGAAGUUUCUUAUUGAGACUGCCAGUUCCUGGGAACAGCACUGAAAACAGUCAUGUUAGGGAGGAGCUGUUUCUUCACCAAGUGACACCUGGGACUCAGCUUUGGUUUUGUUCACUUAGAUCAGGGAAAUGUCAUUGGUGCUAGUUGCCUAACUUUCCCAAUGAUCCCAUGAGAUUCCAAAAUCAUUUUAGUGAGCAAAUUUUUAAGAGAAAAUGCUUACAUGGAAAAGUGGAUUCUGAGAUUCUAAAUAGCUGAAUAUCUUAUUCCCAUGGUGCAACUCAAAGAACUCAACUUCACAAUGUGGAGACAUUUAUCCAAGGUAAACAGGCUUCACCUCUUCCCUUUUAUGUCAGUGUGACCCUGAAGAGAGUGACUAAACCACCUUACCCAAAACACAGUGUAAUGAUUGAUAUAUUGUGUCAACUUGAGAAGUUUAGACAUUUAACUGAGAGCCUCAGCAGGGAGCCAGGAUACUUACUUUGUAAAUAUCUUCAUCCUGUGCAAGAGGAGGGCACAGAGAUUUUAUGAGUGCUACACUCUGCUCUUGGGAGGCUUGUGUUCAAUAUGCCGGGUGGGAAAAGUGUCUUACUCUUUCCUUCCCCUCCAUUGCUUUUGCUGCUGCCAUGAAGUGUUGCCCCAAUGCCAUGUCAUUCUGCCUUCUAGCCAGCUAAUUAUGGACUGAAACCUCCACAAACUGUAAGCUAAAUACACCUUUCCUUCCUUCUUUUUGGGAUCAGGUAUUUUAUCUCAGCAAUGAAAGAAAAGUAGCCAAGACUUACAGGGACUGAGUGUUAAUAAUACUGCUUUCAGAAGUGUUACAGUAUCACAGUGUAGAUGGUACAUUAUAGUAUAACCUUAAGAAUGUUGUCGAGAGAUGAACAUUCAACCACAAUUUGUGUUAAAUUAAUAAAAAACUAAGGAAAUAUGAGCAUACGAUGACAUUUAACUCCUCAUUUGCAGUAGUACUGCAGUAGAGUAGAGGGAAAUGAAUAAACAAAGAGCCCCUCUACCGGGAACCAGAAUAUUAGGGAACCCCUGCUCUGUAAGAUCUUUUCAUGAAGCAGAUUUAUCUAGUGAUUAUCCCACUGGCAAGAGUCAGUACAAGUGCAGUUUUGAAAACUAUCACAGAUACACACACAACUGCAUACAUGUGCAUGUGCACACACACACACACACACACAUGCAAAUACAUAUACCCCUAGAGUUGGAAAAUUCAAGGAUCCUUUUAAACCUUCACUUCAAUAUAAGGAACCCAGCAUCUUUGCUAUUUAUGUGUGAAGAGAGAAAUCUUUACUGUCAUUCUUGAUGUGCACAGCUAUAGUUAUCUUAAAACACAGUGAGAUGUUUCCCAUCUAAACCUAAAAAUAUAUCAGUCCAAAGCAAUGGACAAUUUGUACACAGUUCAGUUAGGCUUUGUCAAGUGAAUUAUUCUUGCAUCAUCUGAGUAUUUUUAUAAGUGGAACUUUCUUAUGUUUUUUCUGUGUAUAACAGAAGCUCAGUCUCAGUGUGGCCCUAUUGGAUGUAACCGGAGGCCCCACAAAGGAGUCAUUUUAUUUAGGUCUGAAAAUUAAAAAACUGAGUAAAAUAAGUGAGCUCUAAAUAAAGUUAUGGCUACAAAGUCAAGCUCACUUAGAUCUGUGUUUUUAUGCAGGUUAAUGUGCUUUAAAACUUCGGCUUUGCUUUGUAAUGCCCAAUAAGUCUUUCUCGAAUUGCAAGCCUCUCAAUUGCUCUGAGUAGCUGGGUAGACUUAUGAUUUAUGUCCUACCAGCUUCCCUCCUAGACUAAAGGAGGCUUCCCACGAAGAUGCAAGUAUGCAUAUAGUUUUGGAAACAGUUGGAGGUGUAAAUAUCAAUGUAAUGACAAAAUACCCACAGGAAAGUUAAAACAUCAAUAAAAAAGAAAAAAGAAAAUGCAUGAAGAAACGAGGUGAUAACCACAGUCAGGAAGAAAUUUAAAAUGUAUUCAGGACUCCCUAGCAGCCAAGAUACAAAGGGAAAGAGUUGAUGUAGAAGAGAGGUGAAUGGAGAAUUAACCAUAACCCAUCUAGCAGGCUGCCUGUCGCGUGCUGCAACCUCUUUUGCAGAGGCAGACAAUCAGCAGGACCGAGCUUGGUUUCCACCUCUCUUCUUUUUUUUUUUUUUUUUUUUUUUUUUUUUUUUUUUUGUCUUUUUCUUUUUUUAUCGGUACCGGGGAUCGAACUCACGACUGCCUGCUUACAAAGCAGGUGCUUAUGCCGCUGAGCUAAAUCCCCAGCCCCUCCACCUCUCUUCUGAGGAUAACAUGACAGCCCGUAUGUUAUCUCUCAAUAAAAUUUUAAAAAGAAAUGGGAAUUCAACUCCCUCAAGUCAAUAACACCUGAGUGUUAUUGAGAAAAUCACCUGAUACCUCAAAGUAGCAUUUUGUUUAUUUUGAAAAUACUGGCUAACAAUAAAACUCUGAUGUAUUCUUACCAGAUUCCUCUUGGAUAAUGUACUAGACUAUACUUUAUCAUAUGUAAGCUGUUAUGUGGAUUUUAACUGAUUUUAUAGUUUUUGCCACAGCAUGGAUGGAGGCUUGCACAAAAGGAGCAUAACGGCCAAAAAUAUUAUUGGUCAUCGUUUUUCUCAAAAAUUUAAUUCAACUUUUACCCUCAGCAUACUCAAGAAAGCCCAAACUUCAUGAAAUCCCAGGGUUAAAUAUGCUCCUGUGCUCUCUGUGGCUGUCACCUGCCUUUGGGAGAUUUGUUUCCGCAGGUAAGCUCCAGAGCUCUGGUCAGCAUGGGUAAGAUGCAGUGGGUGAAAUGGAGAGGAAGAAGAAGAGCCACAGGGUGCCUGCCCCUGGCCUCCUGUGCCCAGCCCUGUCACCCCAUGUACCCCCUCUUCCUGCACUCCAAUGAGCUGUUACAAGUUAAGUUGCAAUUUUUAAAGAAGCACUGGGGCAUUUCUUAAUUGGAUUUCAGUAUCUUAAUAUUCUAGGAAGAAGGAGAAUUUGAAAUUCCAUACUGUUUUUCAGAGUACGGAGGUACUUGCAUAAGCUCAGCCUCUGCUAAAGAAGAGGCAAGGGGGGGUGGGGUGUAUUCUAUAAGCAACUAUUUUGAUCCUAACAUUUAUUAUUUAUUUACUUAACAAAAGCACUGUACAUGGCACUGUAAUUGAUGGUAUCAUUUGAUGUUGUCAAGAGCCCUAUCAGAUGGUAGUUAUGAUCUUCAAUCUACAUACCUGUAAACUGACUCACACAGCCAAAAUUCAAGCCUUCGAUUAAAGAUCACUUGUUGUGUGGAGAUUUUCUUUACUCCCUACCUAACAUGGCAGCCCUAAGUGAUGCCCGAUCAGAUAAUCCCAUUUACUUGUUUCAUAGCAUUUAUUAGAACCUGUAUUUGUUAAUGGCUUAUUUAUUGUUGUUCAUUUCCUUCACAAGAAUGUAUCCUACAGAGACAAGAAUCACACCUGUCUCAUUCACCUGCAUUUUUAGUAUCUAGCACUACAACAAUUUUUUAAUAAAUAAAUAAAUGGUCUUCAAAAGAAAAUACUCUUUUCACUAUCAUGCAUUAAUUUUUAUUUUCUUUUUAGAUGCAUAAAGCAAACAUUAAGUGAAUUAUGAAUGUCUGUGUUGUACUAGGAAGAUUUUAUUUCAAAUUGAAUGCGUAAGAAUAAAAUCAUUUCCUAUGGAUCACCAAAGACACUUUUAAUAUAUUCUAAUAUGAAAGAUAGCAUUGGAAUUUAUGUGAGAGCUUCAGGAUAUUUAGCCUUGGGAACCUUGAAGUCUUUUAGCUCUAUUUGAUCCAAAGCACGACUGAAAUCUUAAGAGAAAAUGAAUUGUGCCAAUAAAUAUUUACUUUCAUCUUCUUUUCUGUGAGCCUACAGAGUCACUUCUAAACUGUCUUAAGGAUGGAAAUUACAUGAUCACUUGAAUGGCUCUUUGAAUAUGUAACCAAAGGAAAACCUUUCUAAGGCAAAAUGCUCAUUUUUCUACUAUACGUUACCAUGUAUAAAUUACCUUGAAUUACUCCAGAUGUAGGAAUUGAUUUUAAGAAACUCAGAUGCUUAAGUUAAAAAAAGUUAAAUGAACUCAUCUAAUACCUGUAUAUGCCAGUGAGAAAACACCUCUUCCUCCCUGUAUCAUUCGGUGGCAUACACCAUUUCCUCUAGAUAAUUCCCACUCUAGUUCAUGAUAAAAUUUACACGAUAUCCUCCAGAAAAAGUCUUCUCCUCUUCUCCUUCCCACACUGUAUAUGGUCUUCACCCUGGGCUGUGUCCCCAGUCCUCAUUAUCAUUUUAUUUUUUUUUAAAUCCUGAGACAGGAUUCAUUGAAUUGCUGGGAUUGCAGGAUCCUCCCACCUGGCCACUCAUUCCACAAAUCAUAUGUUAUUGCCACUAUCUGCUUAACUAGCUUAAUUAUUUAAGACACCUACAGCAACACCUGCAUUUAUUCAUGUCUGUGUUUCAUUACCAGAUAAAUAACCAAGCUUUAUUAAAUAGUUGUUACAGAUUAAUGAACGAGCAAAUAGAAUCUAGUUUCUUUAUUGGAGAAUGAGGGGUGACCAAUGAGUACAGACAGAACUUUUCUCACAAGAGGUUCCCUGGCAAGUCUCUGGGGUGGCUCUGAUUUCUAUUCCCUACUGCUGCCUGGAUCCUGAGUUUAAAACAAGUCAUCAGGGGGUAACAGGAAGAUGUGGACUGGCAAAUGCAAGUGAGUAGAGCAUUGUGGAGGAUUUUUCUUUGGCAGACAAACAUGUGUUGAUUGAUUCUAGGCAGUAUGGUAAAUCUUCAGGAGCUGUUAACCAAGGGAAAUUUGGAAAAACUGUAGAGGAGUUUGUAAAGCUGCUGCCAAUGUUAUCACAGUGGAGCAUUUUGAGAAAUGUACUUUUUUAAUACGUUACACUCAUUUUGCAGAUGUAUAUACCCCCUUCCCCUGCAUACCUUACCUUAAAAUCUGCCUCUGUUUCCUACCAUCUCUAUGGAGGAAGCUCAUUUCAGUGUGACCUUUGUGACUUCAACUUUUACAAAGUACUCUGUGAGUAAUUACAGAAAAAAUAAUGAAGGCUGACUAAGAAAUGAGAAUGUUUAGAAAAUCACAGAAACAGUAGAUUAUUUACAACAAUUUUUAAAUUUUCAAUGAAAAAGAUAAAUUCCAUAACAUUAACAGGGGACAUGGAUAAGAAUCAUUCCUAAGGUUGAAGUAGUGUUAUUUUUUCCUCUAUCAACAUCCCCCCCAAAGCCUCAAGAGGUCAGAGGGGUGACUUUUUGGGGGUGACUGGGUCAUUGGUGUGUGAUACUGGAUCAUGGGUGUGAUACUGGUUUAAUUCACUGACUGAUCUAGCAAAUUUGUGGGCAAAGGCAUUACUGAAGAGAGAAGCUCCAUCCUUGGUGUGGGUGGCACCAACUAACAGGCCUGUAACCUGUCUGGGUCCUUGCUUUCUGCCUACCCUGCCAUGGACUGUUUCUCCUCCACCAUACCACCCUGCCUUGGAGGCAGCCAACUGUGGAUUGAAACCUCCACAAACUGUGUGCUAAAAUAAAUCUCUCCUUUAAUUUAUGGGCACUGAAUAUCUUAUCUCAGUAACAAGAAAGUAACUAAGACAAGUAGAAACAUCAAAUAACCAAGAAAAUGAAACAAAGAAUUAUUUCCCAAGAGCCUCACUUGGCUAAUAAUUUAACUAGUUUUUUUCUAGGAAUUGAAAAUGAAAAUUAGCAAUACAUGUAUGCAUACAUACAUAUUUUAGUGUUUAUAUAAAUUGAUAUAACAUCCUACAACACAGUAUAAUUCUUGGCAUUGGAUAUAUGAUAUUUGGUCUAUGGUUGUUAAGUUCUGAAACUAUACUUUCUCUAGGUAAUUUUAAAAGUAAAUUUAACUAUAUCACACUCCAGGCUUUACUAAUUGUACAGUAAUUAUUUGUUAAGUGAUACAUGACUAAAUGAAUGUUGAUAUGAGAUAUUACCUUUACCAACCAAAUCUUCUAGUUUCUCCUUCCAUUCUUUUGCCCAUAUGUGGCUAACUACCCAUAUACAAGGCUUUUAAUCAGCCUUACGUGGAUUAUGCCUAUGCAACCUUACGCAUGCUACAGUUACUUAGAUGCCUAUCCUAAUUCUUUCUCUAUGGGGGUAACUUCUACCAUCUAUCCACACCCAAUUCAUGCAUGCACCACUGUAUCACUUUCUCUGGGGAACUUUGCUUUAUGCCACACAUGGAACGAUGCCUCAACUUCCUAUCACUCACUGCACCCAGGAUGUAGAUAUAUCUUACUUUGUUUCAUUGAUGCUUUUUCAAAGGUCAUCCACUAUAGUGUUCCCAAUUUUCCUAUUGAAAAUAAUUCUGCAAUGAACUUGAUUACAAACACACAAUUGCAUAUUUAUAUCAAGUUUUCCAGAAUGACUUAAAUACCAUUAAAAGCAUGAGUGCUUAAAAUAAAUCACAUGUGAUAAUAUGUGGGACUAUUUAUGUGCAUGUUUGCUUCUUUGUUAUUUCAAAGACUAUAAUCUAAAAUCAAACAUGCUAUUCUGUUUUAAAGAAAAUUUUGCAUUUGAAAUAGAAAAUUUUGCAUGAAAUUCUUCAUGUCUAUGGUUAAUUUCUCAUUGAAUUCUUAAUUGUGUGUAUUUUCACUUUUUAAUACUUGUUUCUAUUUUUAUUAGUGCUUUGAUUUUCACAUUGUGUUUCUGUAUGUAGACCUUUUCACACUAUUUUAAAAUUCUUGUUGGAUGAUUAUUUUUAUUAUUACUUGUCAUGACAUUAAAUUUUUAAGUUAUACAUUGUGCUCCGAAUCAAUUUCAGAUCUGCAGAAUAGUUAUUGGAGUGUUUUAUAACUAUUAUUAUCUAUAUACUGAUCUGUAAUACUUUUGCAUUUUUGAUAUUAAUGUUUAUUAUGAUCAUUUCAGUAUUCAAUAUUCUACAGUUCAUACAUUUUUGCUAAUUUAACUUUCUUUUGGAAUAUCUAUUAUGUCUAUAUUGGAAUAAACUUUUCUUUAUCUGCA